AGUGUUUACCAGGAAGUGAGUCCAGGCAACAUGGUUGAAAUGUGAUGUUUUGGCUGCUACUAUACACUUUUCAAAUGUUUACAGACUAAUUCGCACCUUUGAAUGUAAUUGGGGCCAACCGAUGUCUAAAAUCAGCUCUAAACAUGUCUAAACCUGCCCUUCCUUCUCUUCAUCAAGCUCUGAAGAAAAGCUUCCACAGUCUUGAGAACAACCAGAGGAUUUGGAAGAGUGUUUUGGUCGAGUGCGGUCCUCUCAUGGUGUCUCUAGAGAACUUGGCAGAGCAGUCGAGAGCGCUUUCAAACGUCCAGAUCUCCAACACACCCCUCCGAGACUUUCCUGAGCUGGAGGAGCGGCUGCGGUUUAAACUCUUGAAAUCCACGGACACGGUACUCUUCAAACUCAACGAGAAGAUGUGAGUGAACUAGACAACCAUUGAUAUACGGUGGCCGAGAACCGCCACUUCGCUAAAUAAAAAAAGAACGCGAAAAGAAGAAGGGUCUGUGUAUUAUCCGUCCAUUUAAUUAUUCCAUUCAAUCUAGUAAAUGAAAAUCGAAAAAAACGAGUCAAUAUUUUCUGUAUUUCUGUGUAACCAAAAAAUAAAAAAUGAGUGUUUGUUUUCGUAUUCUCAGUUCAAAACAGAAAAUAUAAUAUAUAAUAGAGAUUCUAUCUGCACUGUUUCUUUUUUUAUUUGCAGUGUGCUUUAGUUUCUUUUUUUUUUGUAUUGGUAACUUCCGUUGUGGCGUCUUCUUUUUUUUUUUGCAUUCUUUUUUAAUUUGCAGCAGUGGCAGUUCUCGGCCACUGUACUGAUGAACCAUUUGAAAAUAAAAAAUCCACGCAAGACUGGUAAAAAUAAAUGUUAUUGCUUGCACUUGAUUGCUAUCAGAAUCCAAGAAAACCUUGAAACAGUUUUUAACCUUUCUUUGUUAUUUUUGAUCAGCUGUUUUUUCACAUCUAUCUCUUGUCCUUCAGGUCUUCUCUGCAGUCUGUCCGAGACUCCAUUUGUAACCAGGUUUCUGCAGUCUUCCAGCUUUAUGAGCAGAACUCAGACAGUGUGGAUCUUCUCACUCUGACAGAGCGCUCAGCCGCCACCCCGUCUGUCUCUGACAUGCUGGAGUGGCUGCAGGAUGCAGAGCGUCACUAUCGACAGCAGUAUCCUUUUCUGCACGUAAGUGUGUUUGCAUUGUGUUCUGGGUAUUUUACAGUUUUUUCUUUAACUGUAAAUGUCCAGAUUUGUGAGGAGGAAGACUCUGCUGCAGACACUAAGAGCAGACGAUCUUUCUGCAUUAGAAGCUGCUCCCAAGAGAUGGAAAUCUAUAGAGUGUCCAAGUGCCGAAGACCAAAUCACAGGUAAAAAAAUUUGUAGUACUGUCGACAACUUAAUGCUCAAGCUCUUGUAAGGAACUUUUGACUGAUUUUUGACCAUCAGAUUUAUUUUUUAUCAUGAAAAUUUAGAUGACGACAUUUUAGAACAACUCUAUUUCUUAAAGGGAUAUUCCGGCGUACAAUUAAUUUCGAGUUAGACACCCCCUUGAGAGAUGAAUGUUGCCGACCGCUUGCUUCUCUAGUUAUACCAACUUUAGUAACGAUCGCAGGAUAGCAAAACACAGCAGUCUAAGGAGCCAUAAACAAACCUCAACCAAAACGCCACUCUAUAGCCACAAAUAAUGCAGUGGUCGGCAACAUGUCUUGAUGUGUUGUAGUCAUUAAUGUACAGAUAUAAGGUUGAUACUUAUAGGAUAUAAAUGCUAAUAGUAAAGCAAAGAUGACAGAAAUGUCAGUUCUUAUAUUUGAAAUAUUGUGUCAGGAUUCAGAAUCUGUAUUAUUCCACUUACAUCACUUUAACUUUAUUGUUCCAUUGUCUUUAGUUUUAAAUGUAAGUAGUAAGUUGUGUAUUACUGUAGAUAUGAGGCACUAAAGGUCUGUAGGUGGACUAAUUCAAUCUCCGUCUGCUUCCAGAUACUCUCUGCAAAGUGUCCUUUUUUAUUGAUUCUUAAUGACGAGAAAGCCUGACACUCAAGUGGAACCCUGACCUGCCGAGUUCUGACUGAAUCUUUGAGGAGGCUUGAAGAAAAAGCAAAAUCUCCAACAGGGACACAGUUACAUAAGAUGGACACAAUUACUGUGGAUGCCAGGAGGAGGAUGACUGGAUCUAUUUUAUUAUGAAAAUAUAUCUGGCGAUGAAGAUUGAUAAACAAAUGGCUGAGUCAAAACCUAACUGGUAUCUGUAAAUUAACCAAAUUGACAUGUAUUUUAUGAGAUGAAUCGACACGGUUAUCAUUAAGAUCGUUUUUGACAAAGUCAGUGAGACACACUUUUACAAACACACUGUUUUAUUUCACACUUUGAAUGUAAGGCACACUCAGUGAAGGCUUAAUGUGACAAAUCUGAAGGUAACGUCGACAAAACUGCUCAUGUAACCACUGCAAUCAUCACAACACAAGCCAUCAUAGAAGCCAUCAUCACGGACGCCGUGUACUUUUUUUGUGAUUGGACAUAAUAGGGAACAGGCUUUCUUCAGGCUCUUCUUAAAACGACAGGCCAGUAAAUGCAGGGACUGUACAGAAGAAGUGGAUGUAGCCACCCUAACGUGACUCGCUGGUGUCUGUAAUGCCCCAGAAUGAGCGUUUUGGUCAUCACCAUGAUUGGUAGACUUGUCUUAAUUUUAGUAAAUGUAUCACCAACACAGACACCUGCAGUGAAACCCUGAAGCAGACUCUGCUUUUUAAUAACAGAACUGUAAUAAUCUGUAAAAUAAACACCAGGCUUUAAAUAAGAAGGCUUGAAUCUUAAAACAUCUUUCGCAAACAUUUGACUCGCCCCCUAGUGGUCAUCAGGGAGAAGGCAGCUUUAAGGUUCAUUCAUAUUGACGUCACUUUUGAAAUCAAGAAGUUACGUCCACUUUCAAAUCAAACAAAUUUGAACAUUUUUAUUUACUGAGGAAAAGUUUAGCAUGAAAAAGAAACGCAAAAUAGGUUGAAUAUGUGAAUAAAUCCUGUAUGUUUAUCUUUCAUAGCAUAAAAUGUACAUACAGAAGAGGGUAUUUUGAGAAAAGAACCAAAGUUAUAAAGUUUAACAGCAUCCACUUUCUCCCUCUCCUCCUGCGUCCUCUUCAUACGUACUCCUUCAGUGGCAGACUGUUGGAUGUGAUGGGUUUUGGGGGAUCUGGUGCAGGUGAAUUUGCAAAGCUCCGGCCGAUGUAGCCCCUGCGGUACCUGCCCCCUCUCUCCAUGAGAGGGCAGGUGCUGCUCAGCACGGCCCCACUGAUCAUUAGAAUGACUGCAGCCGCCCAGCCCAGGUAAAUGGCCUGACCCAGCUCCCGUUUGUGCAUCAGGGGCACGUUUGGGUUGUAGAAAUCCUGAACGACAGUGUUAGCGGUCCAGGAAACGGGAAUAAGCACGCAGAGGCCGGUCAGGAUAAAGAGAACCCCCCCUGCGAGUGCGAUCCCAGCCUUGGCUCGGCGGUCAUCCCCGGCGCAGGUGGUGCAUUUCAUGCCGCAGCAGGACACGGUACAGGAGAGCCAGCCCAUGAAGAUGGCGACGCACAUGAGGGCGCGGGCGGCCUGGAUGUCCGGAGGCAGGGCCAACAUGGAGUCGUAUGUUUUGCAUUGCAUGUGGCCUGUCGUCUGGUAGAUACAGUUCAUCCAGAUGCCCUCCCACUUGAUCUCUGAGGUGAGGAUGUUGCUGCCGAUAAAGGCUGAAACCUUCCACUGAGGGAGAGCGGUGACUGCGAUGGCCAUGAUCCAGCCUGUCACGGCGCAGGUGAAGCUGAUGAGCUGCAUGCCGGUGUUCACCAUGAUGGCCACAGUUUUGUGUCUCCUUUUCCUCAAAGAAAUGUCUCUAAAGUCCACUCUUUCAGUUUUCCUUUAAAACCAAGAAGUCUCUGAGAAAAAAAUCAAUCUUUAACUCCACUCUUCUUCUUCUCCUUUGGGUCAAACUUUCUUCUUUCUUCACCCCAAACUCACUUUCUCAGCAGCCAUUUUUCUUCUCUUUUCCUUUUUCUUUUCAACAUCUGCUUUUUGGUUGUAACCUCUACGUGUCUCCUUCGAUCCCACUCGCUUUCGCUCCACAAUCGCCCAAGGAUUACCCUCUCGCGCACUUUCUCCUCCCUUUCAUUCCUGAGCUGGACUCAAUGCAUUAUUGAGUAGCCGAUAGCUGUGCAGCCACCUGUGGCAGCCUACAGGAGCCCGAUUGAUCAGGCUUCACCAGGUCCUGGUCUUUGUGGAUGAAACAGGCCAAAGCACGGGUCUUUGUUUUUGUUUUCCUGUGAGUGAGUUCUCCUUGUGUCCAGCUCUGGAGUCCAGUUUUGGAGCUGCAGUGUCACAGCUCACAGGUGUAGCCUUACCUAAAUGGAUCAGACUGAUAGAACCUGAUACUAGGAUUUCAAUGCAACUGAUGCUGCUAUGAGUGUAUCCUGUCACAGCUUGAUUACACUAAAUAAAAAUCCUCACUUGUUCCCUCAUGGUUGACAAAAAUCCUGUUUGAUCCGUGAAGCAAACAUCCUGUAAAAAAAAACCAGCUUCUUUUCCCAGUUGUUGUUUUAGCAGAUUUUUAAAAACAGGUUUACAACGAAAAACAGUCGCCAGGAUUCACUUUCAGAUGCUGCUGCUGCUGCUGCUGGCUCAAGUACCUCUUUGUUGACAAUAAAGCGCAGCGAGGGUCCAAGCCUAGCCGAGGCCACUUCAGGCUUCACCCUCCUCCCCCUAACCGCCUCCUUUAGUGGCUUCUCCGCAGCCCAAACAGGUCAGUUUAGCUCCAAUAAAGAUGUAGAAACCGAAUCAGAGCAGAUUUCUGGGUUAAAGAAAGCAGCGUAACCAAACUGAACCUCAGCAAGAGGAGGAGAAAAAAACAGUGAUGCAGGAGGGAGAGGGGGCAGAAGAGGGUGAGACAACAAAAGAAGGGAGGGAUGGAUGGAUGAGGAUGGAGCGCCGUCCGUAGGUGGAUCAGUUGACACAAAGACAACACGCGGGGGGGCCUCUGCGAUGAGGAUUACACACUUUGUGGCGCUUUCACGACCGCACAAACUGGCCUGUGUUUUAAAGGAGCUUUCACUGAAACAGGCUUUCACUUUGUUGGUUUUUGUCUUUUAAUAAAGGGAGAAACAGCCGCACAACAGAGGCGUUUAGGGGGUUUCUGUUCGGUUGUGAAAAGCUGAAAAGCCACAGGUGAAAAAUACAGGUCAAAGGAGCAACAAAAGAGGUCCGUUAGAUGAUUUCAAGCAAAAUUUCUGCACACCACAAAUACAAGAGCCCAAAUUCAGAGAACAACGCAACAUUAUGUGUGUUCAUUUUUUAUGUUUUUUCAUGAGUUUUAUAUCCAGUUUAGUCAUAAUUCUUAGGUUGGUCAUUGUCAGAUACUUUAUUACCUGUAAUUUAUUUUAAGCGUGUGGGUAAAAAAGGGACCUUAAUAAAUGUAAAACCCCCUUUUUUGUUUAAAAGUGAUUUUUUUUUAAGCAUGUUCUACAGUCUUGACAAAAUUCUAGCAAACAUGGAUUAUCUGUUUCAGUUGUUUUAUUAUACUUACGUAUUUCAAUACAAACUUUGACAAUGAAUAAAAAAAGGACCCAAACCUCAA